AUGCUUAACUUGGCUAUACUUCACAUCCUUCGAUUUCUGUGCUCCUCAUCCCAGGCCAUUGACUGCAGUCGUCCUUUGCCUCGUAACAUGGUGCUUCAGCUGGGGAUUUCUCCCCUAAUUCCCUGCACCGCAUUCUUCUACACCAUCAGUAGCGACACAUGCUGGUCCAUCAGUGCACAGCUGGGCCUCGCCAGCAGCAACCUCACUGCUCUCAAUCCCGGCCUCGACUGCUCUGAGCCCAUCAAGGCGGGCCGCUCUCUGUGCGUCGAGCGCAACGCCACCUUCGCUUUCACCAUCCCUCAGUGCUCGCGAUAUGGCGUGCUCACACCACAGGACACGUGCGAGCGCCUGCUGCGGCAGGCGGCGGGGAGUGAGGGUGACCCCUCAGGGGCUGGGGAGGUGAAUGCCAUGCGCUGGGCUGAGUUGUACCGCAACAAUCCUGGCCUCAUCUGCUCCGAUGUGAUCCCAAUUACCGCCUCUGCUGUUGGCAGCAACACUGGCGUGCAGGUGAGUGGUGGAGGGGAGGAUGGACAAGGAAGGAGGGAAAUCUGGAAGAAAGGGGUGUUUGAUGGGUGA